AUGGCGGUUUCUCCGGUGGAAGUGAAUCUGAUCCCGAUCGAAGCUACUCCUGAGAGCUUCAGAGAUUAUGGUCAAAUCAUCGAAGCCUCUCGUGACGGUCACCAUUUCGGUCCCAGCGACGCUCAAUUGGAUCUCUCCGGAGGAAUCCCUCGUUUCUAUAUAAUGCGGCUGGAAGAUCGAUCCUCUGGCUUCUCGGAGAUAGUACAUCACGCGAAAGUGACACAGUGUCUGGGAUCAAUAGGAGGUCACGCCUGGUAUCUUGGAGUGGCUAAGCCGUCGAUUAUCGAAGAUGAUGGAAGUAAGAAAAUUGAUGAUGGUAACGUAAAAUCAGGCUCCGGUGGUCACUUGUACGCUCCUCCGUCGGUUGAACAAGUGCGCGUCUUCAGGAUCUCGGGACCCAAGUUUGUUAAACUGAACCGGGGCACGUGGCACGCUGGACCACUGUUCACAGACAGCUCGGUGGACUUCUACAACCUUGAGCUCAGCGACACAAAUAAGGUGGAUCGUACGGUACAUGAUUUCGUGAAGAACGAUGGUGUUACUUUCCGGAUUGACCCCACAGAGGAGGACAACACAUCGUCCUCCUAG